AUGGCUUAUUAUUCUGAAAAAGACAAAUCGCCAGGAGGCGACAUCGAGAAUACCCCAGACAGCGAUGGCUUGUCUAGACGAGGUCCCACGCAGUCGGAUCUGCUGAGCCGUUCGCUCUCGGCGCGACAGGUCCAGAUGAUUGCCAUUGGAGGUACAAUCGGUACAGGUUUAUUCUUGGGUACCGGAAAGUCACUUGCUACAGGUGGUCCAGCGUCGAUAUUAAUUGCCUACGCUAUUGUUGGUGGAAUUGUUUUUACCACCAUGUUGGCUCUGGGCGAGAUGGCCGCUUUUAUUCCCGUCGCUGGUAGUUUUUGUACUUUUGCAGGACGCUUUGUGGAUGAUGCUUUUGGUUUCGCUCUUACUUGGAAUUACUGGUUCAACGAUGCUGUAUCCACAGCUUCAGAUCUCGUUGCACUGCAGCUCAUUCUCCAAUAUUGGACCGACAACUUCCCCGGCUGGGCUCUGAGUCUUAUUUUCUGGGUUGUUCUCAUCGCAAUUAACCUCAUUUCCGUUAGGGCGUACGGUGAAGUUGAGUACUGGCUCAGUCUGCUCAAGAUCAUCACCAUUGUUGUAUUCAUUGUCAUGGGUAUUGUUGUCAACUGUGGUGGUAACGAGACUGGAGAGUACAUCGGUGGGAAAUACUGGCAUUUACCUGAUGCGCCUUUUGUUGGGGGUAUUGGAGGAUUUGCCUCUGUUUUUGUCACUGCUUCUUUUGCUUAUGGUGGAACUGAGAGUAUCGCCAUCACUGCUGGUGAGACCAAGGAUCCUACCAAGAACAUCCCCAAAGUUGUCAAGAACGUCUUUUGGCGUAUCCUUCUCUUCUAUAUUCUCUCAAUUCUCAUCAUUGGUCUCAAUGUUCCCUACAACUACCCCGAUCUCAACUCUAAGGAAACCCGCACUUCUCCCUUCACCAUCGUCUUUGAGAUGACAGGCGCCAAAGCUGCCGGAAGUGUCAUCAACGCCGUUAUCCUGACCAGUGUUCUGUCGGCUGGAAACCACGCUCUUUUCGCGGGCGUGAGAUUGAUGUACACUCUCGCUCACGAGGGACACGCGCCCAAAGUGCUUGGAAAACUCAACAGGAACCAAGUCCCUUGGGUUGCCGUUUUAGUCACCGGUUUCAUCUCUGGUCUUUGCUUUGGUUCAAGUUUCAUUGGAGCUGGACAACUGUGGUCUUGGCUGCAAAACAUUGUCGGUGUAUCCAACCAACUGAGCUGGAUCUCCAUUGGUAUCACAUCAAUCCGCUUCCGCCAAGCUCUCGAACUCCAAGGCAAAACGCACCUUCUUCCCUUCAAGAACUGGACGUAUCCCUACGGACCCUGGAUCUGCGUCUUCCUCAACAGCUUUCUGGUACUUGUCCAGGGCUGGAGCUGCUUCAGUCCCAAGUUUGACGUCGUCAGCUUUAUAAGCUUCUACAUCGAACUGCCCGUCAUGCUUAUCAUGUUUGUCGUCUGGAAGCUUAUCAAGAGGACGAAGAUUGUUAAACUAAACGAGAUGGAUCUUGAGACGGAUGUGCAUACCAUCGAGGAGAAGGUUACCGAGGAGACCGGGUGGAAGAAUAAGUUAAAGAAUGUGGUUACUUGGUUGUUUUAA